GUGAAUAUUAUUUUACCAUUAUAUGAAUCAUUGCACUUACAAACUAAUGCAAUAACUAUUUUAUAUUUGAAAGACUUAGACAAUGUUUUUGCUAUAAAUUCAAUUUUGGGCUUGGAAUCAGGUGUUGUUUUGAGUUCAGAACAUAAUAACCUUGAACUUACCAAACCUUUUUUAUUUCAGUUAAAGGAAUUUGUAGAACUAGAUACUUCAGUACAAAAGUUGACAGAACUAAAUGAUCUUGAAGCAUUAGAAGAAGAAUUGGCUGUUGAAUCAUGUUUUCUGUCUUGGUCAAUAGCUAAACAUUAUAUUAAGAAAUAUGGUCAACAACAAGAAUUUGCUAUUAAUCAUUACCAG